AACGUAGUUCCCAGGGGUAGGGAGCAGAGCUGGAUUUGUAGUGCGGCUCAUGAAUCAGACUCACAGCUGAGGCUAUUUAAAGGGCUUUCACUGUCAACAACGCGUGCUUUUUCCUCAAAGAUUGAGGAAGGAAAGGGUUAGUCAUGGCGGGUGUCGGGGCGAACACCUCUGCGAACCCUGCUUGUAAGAUUAUGACCUUUCGUCCCACCAUGGAGGAAUUUCAGGAUUUUAAUAAGUACCUGGUGUACAUGGAGUCUCAGGGAGCGCACCGUGCCGGUCUGGCUAAGGUGAUACCGCCGAAGGGCUGGAAGCCGAGACGAACCUACGAUGACAUCGAUGAUCUCGUCAUCCAGGCGCCCAUUCAGCAGAUGGUGGCCGGUCAGUCAGGGCUCUUCACUCAGUACAACAUCCAGAAGAAGCCACUCAGCGUACAGGAGUUCCGCAGGCUGGCGAAUAGCGACAAGUACUGCACUCCCCGCUAUCUGAACUACGAGGACCUCGAGAGAAAGUACUGGAAGAACCUGACGUUUGUGCCACCCAUAUACGGCGCGGACGUGAGCGGGACACUAUACGAUGAGGACGUGGACGAGUGGAACAUCGGGCACCUGAACUCCAUCCUGGACGUGAUUGAGGAGGACUGUGGCGUCUCCAUCCAAGGUGUGAACACGCCCUACCUGUACUUUGGCAUGUGGAAGACGAGCUUCUCCUGGCACACAGAGGACAUGGACCUCUACAGCAUCAACUACCUGCACUUCGGAGAACCCAAGUCCUGGUAUGCCAUUCCUCCAGAACAUGGGAAGCGACUGGAGCGUUUAGCCACAGGUUUUUUCCCUAACAGCUUUAAGAGUUGUGAAGCGUUUCUCAGACACAAGAUGACUCUCAUAUCACCUUCUGUGCUGAAGAAAUACAGCAUCCCGUUUGAUAAGAUAACGCAAGAGGCCGGAGAGUUCAUGAUCACGUUUCCUUACGGCUACCACGCUGGCUUCAACCACGGCUUCAACUGCGCCGAAUCCACCAACUUCGCCAGUCUGCGCUGGAUCGACUAUGGCAAAGUCGCCACUCAGUGCACAUGCAGUAAGGACAUGGUGAAGAUCUCCAUGGACCCCUUCGUGAGACGUUUCCAACCCGAUCGAUAUCAGGCGUGGACGCAGGGCAAAGACGCGUGCUCAAUAGACCACACCCUGGCCACGCCCAGCACCACGCCUGAGCUCCAAACAUGGCUCCAGAGACGUCGCAAGGCCAGAGCCAACAAAAGAGAGAGCUACCCUUGUACGCGCUCCAAACGACUAAAAACCAUGCAGCAUCCAGUUGUCAUGGAGAACACAACUACACGGAUCAGCGACCAGGAAGAGGAAGUGAAAGAGGAGGAAGACGACAAGCCCCACGAUGCAUUGUGCCGCUCAGGGCCCGCUAGUCUGUGUCAACAGAUUUGUUUCGUGAAGGUCACACGAGUUAAGAGCAAUUUACUGGUCCAGCCGUCUAAAAGAGUCCCAUCCCAAGCCCCGCCCCCUGAAUUCUUAGGAACCGGUGAUCCUCUAACCUCAGCUGAGGAAACCCCUGGAUCCGGUGUGGAUGACACACUGGACUCGGAACAAACCCCAGAACGUUCGUGUGUUGCCAAAUCCUCAAGCAGCAACUCACCAUCUGAAAAUCAGUCCCCUUGUCAAGGUGCAGUUCCUGAAGAAAAUCCUCUUGCUGUAAAUCCCUCGAGUACAGCAGUCACUACUGAAACCUGUGAAUUCGCAGGAGUUCCUUCGUCCGACAUGCCUUUCCUUACACCAGAAGUCACGGAGGAUCCCGAGGGAAGAAAAUCUCCAAACCUGUCGUCUGAAAUGCCCUUCCUGACCCUCGCGGUCCAGUCCAGUGACGAUCACACCCUUCUGAAUCUUAACGAACCUGAAAAGUCCACCUCGCCUCAGAACACGAUGGGUGAAACAAGCACUCGCUCGAAAGCGCUGUAUCCUGAUUGGUGCUCAAAUCCAUUCCAAGAAGACGUCAGCCAAUCACUCGGCUCUGAUCCAGACACGAAUAAGGAUCUCCUCCAUGAAAAGAGAGCUGGAGAUGAAUCUGCAUCAGUGGGUCAAGCUGUGAACCUGGUCUCCAAUAUCUCACAUCCUCCCAAAGCCAGUACUGAGCUUUUCAGAUGUAGUUCUGUACAGGAUUCUCCGUUAUCAGCGAAUACUAACACACUUUGCAUCGAGUCUCCUUCCACGUCUUACGACCAGAACCCUCCCAACAAGCCCUCUUCUCUUCUCAAUGAAGCCGACUUCAUGUCUUCUGCAUUACCAAACCUCUUUGAAGAACCUUCUACCAUUUGGAAGAACUUGAGCUACCAAAAUCCAGAAGUUUCAGAGCUUGUGGUGCCUUACGCCAUGUGGGCAGAGCCUCGGUGCCAGCAAGUGAAGUGCCCAGAUCCUUCAGACUUUCCGGAGAAGAGCGUGACGUUUACUGAUCUGGAACCCAGCGUGGUUCAUCAUUCUGGCGCGGAGCUUCUUGAUUCUCCGGACAGGCCUCAGAGGUCAGACAGCAGCAGCGAGUCUAGUGAGGAGAACUCCACGAGUGAGGCGGAGUACGGAGAUUCAGGCAUUGAGCCGGGAGAAAUCCGCAUCUACACCAUGCCCACGGUGAAGAGAAAGACGACCAAAAGCUGGCGCCAUCCUUUGAGGAAACCGACAGCCAGGGCAGUUCCAAGUGCCGUGAAGCAGCAAGCCAACAGUGAUGAUGAACCUAUGGAAGAGUGUAACGCGGAGGAAGAACUGCAGGAGGCUGACGUCUGGGCAAGACCGCUGGUUCAUCUCUGGCACAGCAGGAAGUCUCACUUCCCAUCGGAGAAAGAGUACAACAGCACAGCAGCGAAAACGGCACCACACUGCGCCGUGUGCACCCUGUUCAUGCCUUACUAUCAGCCUGAAGAGACGAAAGACGAAAGCAGACCCGAGGUCACGAUGGCAGUCGGAGAGGCAACGGUGAGGUCGCGACCUCUGAUUCCGGAGAUAUGCUUUGCGUACCGUGAGGGGUCGUGUCCCCCCAACACACUCCUGGAGGAAGAUGGAUCCAGUCCUCUCGUGUCCUGUAAACGCUGCUGCGUUCAGGUUCAUGCCAGUUGCUAUGGCGUCGCUGCUCAUGAUGUCACCCAGGAGUGGACAUGUGACCGCUGUUCGUGUGGAGAUCUAUCCGCUGAAUGCUGUUUAUGUAACUUGAGAGGCGGUGCGUUGAAAAGAACGACAGACAACAGAUGGGCCCAUGUGAUGUGUGCUGUGGGUCUUCCUGAGGUCAAGUUCAUCGAUGUGGUGGAGAGGAGUCCCAUCGACAUCAGCGCCGUCCCUGCACAGAGAUACAAACUGAAGUGUAUAUAUUGUCAUAAACGGAUGAAGAAGUUGGCGGGUGCGUGUAUCCAGUGCUCCUGUGGACGUUGUCCCACCUCCUUCCAUGUCACAUGUGCGCACGCCGCCGGCGUCACCAUGGAGCCUGACGACUGGCCUUACGUGGUGUUCAUCAUCUGCCACAGGCACCAGUCACGGAGCUCCAGCACUAAGUCAAAGGUGAGCCGAACAGAGCUGGCCUUGGGCCAAACUGUGAUCGCCAAGCACAAGAACCUGCGCUACUACAGCUGCCGCAUCGCCAGCGUCACAGCACAGACGUUCUACGAGGUCAUGUUCGACGACGGCUCGUUCAGCAAUGACACCUUCCCUGAAGAUAUCGUGAGCAGAGACUGUGUUCAGCUUGGGCCUCCGGAGGUUGGCGAGGUCGUGCAGGUCAAGUGGCCUGAUGGGCUUUUUUACGGGGCUAAAUAUCUGGGCUUUAACACUACAUACAUGUAUCAGGUGGAGUUUGAGGAUGGUUCUCAGGUCCUGGCUAAAAGAGAGGACAUUUACACCCUGGAUGAGGACCUGCCCAAAAAGGUCAAAGGUCGUCUCUCCACAGCCUCCAGCAUGCGUUUUGAGGACGCGUUCUUCACCACGCAGGGCGAGCGCAAGAGGCAGCGCACACCAAACUCUCGCUUCCAGAACGACUACGUGGCUGACCCGAGCCCCCGAACCUCCACCUGCAGCAAAAGCAACUGAGAAACCGGAAAGAAGAGAGAGAAAGGUGAAAAAGUAGCUGACAAACUGUGAUGAGGUGUUUUUUUGUUUUUCCCUCUGCCCUGACACAGUUUGUUGAAAGCUGAGAAGUCUGAGAUGGAAGAUUUUUUUUUUUUUCAAACAUUCAGUAAUGGUGAAGCAUUAAAAUAUAACUCUGUUUUCUCAUGUUUAUGCUCUCUCUCUCUUUCUCACUGUUCCUGUCUGAUUUUGCACCUUACACGUUAUUUUCCAGAUCGUUUGCUUGGCUUUGCACGCCGCUUCUGUAAAUCGCCUUCGCACUCCUUCCCUACUAACACGACACUACUCCUGUUGUCUCGAGCUGAUUUAUUUUGUUCUUUUCAACAAAACGUUGCUACUGAUCACCUCUAAAGCACAUUUAGCCCACUUUUAACAUUGGAGUUUUAUCUUAUUUAUUUGGGAUUUCAUCUUAUUUUUAGUGGUGCUCAAAUCUGUAAAGAAAAUUAAAGAUAUCUGUAUUGAAAUCUGAAGGCUGAAUUAUUAAGGUUUGAAUAAACAUACAUGUGAAUAUC